UGCCUGCGCUUGAAGCUACGCGAGAUUUGUGUCAGUCUACGAACAUGUCGGCGUUCAAGAGAAAACGUGGAGGACAGACUCAUGUUGAUAAAAAGGCAAAGAAAGUCAAAUUUAUUGCGGCUGACGGCGAAGGACCCGAUGAAGCAGAACAAGAGAAGAAAAACGAGGUCACAAUUCCUGCACCUGUUUCGUCGGGUAAAUGGACCAACAAGGAAAGGGUUCUCAUUUUCUCGUCAAGAGGAAUUAAUUUCAGAACAAGACACUUGAUGCAAGACCUGAGGACCAUGAUGCCUCAUUCAAAAGCAGAUACAAAAAUGGACAGAAAGGACAAGUUGUUUGUUAUUAAUGAGGUUUGUGAAAUCAAAAACUGCAACAAAUGCCUCUUUUUUGAGGCCAAGAAGAAGCAGGACCUCUAUAUGUGGAUUUCAAACAGCCCUCAUGGACCUUCUGCAAAGUUUCUGGUUCAGAACAUUCAUACACUGGCUGAACUCAAGAUGACAGGAAACUGCCUCAAAGGAUCCAGACCGCUGCUCUCGUUCGAUCCUACAUUUGACAAGGAGCCCCACUAUGCUUUACUCAAGGAGCUCUUCAUCCAGACCUUUUCCACUCCACGCUACCACCCCAAGAGUCAGCCUUUUGUGGACCAUGUCUUCACAUUCACCAUUGCAGACAACAGGAUAUGGUUUAGAAAUUACCAGAUCAUUGAGGAGGAUGCCUCUCUAGUGGAGAUCGGCCCUCGCUUUGUUCUCAACCUCAUCAAGAUCUUCCAGGGGAGUUUUGGGGGGCCUACACUCUAUGAAAACCCAGGCUUCCAGUCUCCUAACAUGCACCGGCGAGAACUCAGAUUGGCAGCAGCAGCCAGAGUGCGCGAGAAGCAGAUGUUGAAGGAAAUGCAGAAAAUGAAGAGGACUGAAGCAAAGUCAGAUCUGGACAAAGACGUUACAGCUGACGUCUUCCUCACACCAGCUGAUGAGAAGCCCGUUCACAUCCAGACAGAAGCACCAGAGCCAAAAAUGGUGAAGAAGAACAAACAUAAAGCUUUCAAAAGGCAAAGGAUGGCACGCAGGUAACUCGAUGAACUGGAUCACGUUGAGUGAACGGCUUACUGCUGCCAUGACUCAACAUUUGAGAAAAAUGUGCUAUACAACAGUGCAGUCAGGUCAGAAGUCCAAUAUCUUUGUUCGGUUAUGAAAAGACUCAGUGUGCAACAUCUUGUCGUUUAAGUAUCAUAUUUGACAGUACUAGAGAAAAUAUGAAAUAUGCACAUGUUGUGUUUGAUGUAUGUCACCAUAUUUUGUAGAUUCACACAAUAUAUAUUUUUCUCCCUCCUUCAGGAGGGCUGUGCUGAUUGUAGCUUUUACAAUAAAGCAAACAACAUUUGCCCCUUCUUUUUGAUAAAACUAAAUAUUCCAUAAGUGUAAAACUUAAAAACUUGUUUAUUGCUUUGGAGUGACUACAACUGUUUUCUAUGUCAUGAAAAUAAAUGAUUCAAACAAACAAACA